CCGUGAAAUGAGCGGAAGUGGAUGGAAACAAGCAGGCCAGACUGUCUGCGAGGAAAAAACACGUCGGUCGCAGGGGAGACAAACACUGCUCAGACAUCCACCGCUGCGGUCUGUCGGUUAAUCUGACACCCCGGAUGGUUUAGAAGUAGAAGACACAUCAGCAUGGGACACAUUUGGGAGCAUCUGUCGACGGCGGCCAAACUCCGGCUGCCACUUCUCGCCUUUCUCCUCUGCCUUGUUGUCUCCCUGGGCGACGCGAGGCUGCGCCGGGCACGGAGCGUCAGCUCCUCCACGGAGGACACGGUGGAAACUUACAGCAGAUACUACAAUUAUGACAACCUGACCCGACUUUUACAGUCUCUAGCCCUGCAAUACCCUCACAUAGCUAAACUGUCGAGCGUGGGUCAGUCCGUGGAGGGCAGGGAGCUCUGGGUGAUGCGGAUCACCAAGGACCCCGACACGGACUCACCGGGGAAGCCCAAAUUUAAAUACGUAGGGAACAUGCACGGCGAUGAAACCGUGUCCAGACAGGUGUUGGUGUACCUUGUGGAGUACCUGCUGGCUAACUACGGGAAUGAACCUCGUGUUUCUGAGCUGGUGGACACCACGGAUGUUUACAUCAUGCCCAGCAUGAACCCGGACGGCUUUGAGAGGUCCAGAGAGGGGGACUGCAAUGGCGACAACAUGGGACGAAACAACGCCAGAGACAAAGACCUCAACAGAAGUUUUCCUGACCAGUUUGUCAGCAAAAAUAUCAGUCAAGAUGAUAUCCCAGAGGUCGUGGCUGUGAUGAGGUGGAUUCAGCUGAAAAAAUUCGUGCUGUCCGGGAACCUUCAUGGCGGCACUGUGGUUGCCAGCUACCCUUUUGAUGACUCAGCCUCCCACCAGCAACAGGACCUCUACAGCAAGUCAGAGGACGACCGCCUGUUUCGCUACUUGGCCCUGGUGUAUUCCAAAAACCACCCUGUCAUGAAGACCGGUCAGCCAAACUGUCCCGGCGCCAAGGACGAAACUUUUAAAGACGGGAUCACCAAUGGGGCACAGUGGUAUGACGUGCCUGGAGGGAUGCAGGACUACAACUACCUCCAUGGAAACUGUCUGGAAAUCACCAUGGAGCUGAGCUGCUGCAAAUAUCCUCCUGCUUCUGAGCUCCAUAAGGAAUGGGACCUGAACAGGGAAUCUCUACUAGCCUACAUUGAAAAGGUCCAUAUAGGUGUCUGUGGCUACGUGAAAGAGGCUAUCAGCGGUGCUGCUCUCGCCAAUGCUAGCAUCAUGGUGGCCGGCAUUCGUCACAACCUGACCACAGGAACACAUGGAGAGUACUAUCGUCUUCUAGUUCCAGGAACAUACAACAUCACAGCUGUGGUUCCAGGGUACAAAUCAGUGACAAUCAACAGUGUUCAGGUCCUGGAAGGAAAGGCUGUAGAACAUAACUUUACCAUGUCACCUGUGGUCAGUGAGGGUGCAGAUAGCACUACUGUGCGUACAGAAUCCAUGACAUCCACCAGUGGUCCAAGCAUCCCCACCACAACUACAAACUCUCCUAACUCCACGGUGGUUCCCUCUGAGGAAAACAAGAGCAGCCCUCCCAUUCUUCCACCUGAACCUCAGCCCAUCCAGCCCCAAGAAUUUCGUCAUCACACCUACGUAGACAUGGAGCUGUUUUUGCGCAAGUACAGCAGCGAGUUCCCUUCUAUCGUCCACCUUUACUCAGUUGGCCGCUCUGUGGACGGCCAUGAGCUCUAUGUGAUGGCCAUUUCAGACAAUCCUGCAGUCCAUGAGCAUGGUGAGCCGGAGUUUAAGUAUAUAGGCAACAUGCACGGCAAUGAAGUGGUCGGACGAGAGUUAUUGCUCAACCUCAUCGAGUACUUGUGCCGUAACUAUGGUACUGACACGGAGGUCACUAAGUUGGUUAACAGUACCCGCAUUCACAUCAUGCCUUCUAUGAACCCGGAUGGCUAUGAAAUUGGCACUGAAGGUGAUGUAAAGGGCUACAAGGGACGCAACAACAGCAACAAUUUUGACCUGAACCGCAACUUUCCAGACCAGUUUGCCACCAUCACAGAUCCCAGACAACCAGAGACCAUAGCUGUGAUGAACUGGCUGAAGAGUAUUCCCUUUGUCCUGUCAGCUAACCUACACGGAGGUUCCUUGGUUGUCAACUACCCCUAUGAUGAUGACAAAAAAGGGAUAAGUCAGUACAGUCAGUCACCUGAUGACCAAGUCUUUCAGCGGGUGUCUAGAGCCUACUCACAGGAGAACCCUCUGAUGCACAAUGGACACCCUUGUGAGGACCUGUACCCUGGUGAAUAUUUUGAGGAUGGCAUCACCAAUGGUGCCCAAUGGUACAAUGUUCGUGGCAGUAUGCAGGACUGGAACUACGUGAACACCAACUGUUUUGAAGUGACCAUCGAACUAGGUUGUGUGAAGUACCCAAUGGCAAAGGAACUGCCAAAAUAUUGGGAACAAAACCGACGUGCCUUGCUUCAGUUUAUACAGCAGGUCCACACUGGAGUGAAGGGCACUGUCUCCGACAGUAGGGAUGGUACAGGGAUUCCCAAUGUCACUAUUAGUGUGGACGAGAUAGACCAUAACAUCACCACGGCUCAUACUGGAGACUACUGGAGACUGCUGAACCCUGGCACUUACUCUGUAACUGCCUCUGCUCAUGGAUAUAAAUCUGUGAAGACGUACGCCACUGUCCCAAAAGAUGGUGUUGAGGUGGUGGACUUCAGACUGACACGUGUACACUCAGACUCUAACGGACAGCCUCUGAAGGGACCCCAACCCACACAGAACCCAUCUGAGAGGGAGCUCCAGAGCUUAAUCAAGGACCUGUCUCUAGGCCAGGGUUUAGAGCAGUUGGUCAGUAGCACAGACACAGAGAACAACUUUCGCUACCGAGGCUACAAAGAGCUGGCAGGCGUUCUGAGAGGCCUCACACUUAACUUUCCCAAAAUUACAUCUUUACGCAGUUUGGGCCAGAGCGUAGAGUUUCGAACCAUUUGGGCUUUGGAAAUCUCCAACAAACCAGGGGAAGCUGAACUGUCUGAGCCCAAGAUCCGCUUUGUAGCAGGGAUCCAUGGCAAUGCCCCAGUGGGCACAGAGCUGCUGCUGGAGUUUGCUGCCUUCCUGUGUAUCAACUAUGGCAAAAAUCCAGCCAUCACCAAGUUGAUCAAUGAGACCCGGAUUGUCAUCGUGCCCUCUGUCAACCCAGAUGGACGAGAACUAGCUGUUGAGAAGGAGUGCACCUCCACCCAGGGCUUGAGCAAUGCUCACGGCAAGGAUCUGGACACAGAUUUCUUUGGCAAUGCAUCUCAGCGUGUAGUGGAGUCCCAACCAGAGACCAGAGCAAUGAUGGACUUGAUUUUAGAAAAGAGCUACACUCUGUCUGUAGCCCUCGAUGGAGGCUCACUUGUUGCUACCUACCCUUAUGACAAGCCCGUCCAGUCUGUUGAAAAUGAGGGCACAUUGAAGUACUUGGCAAGUGUUUAUGCCAACAACCACCCCAAGAUGCACCUCGGGGACGCUGGCUGUUCAAACAACGGGCAGAUGAGCAACAUCCCAGAUGGAGUUAUGAGGGCAGCAGAGAGACAAAGUCACAUGGGGAGCAUGAAGGACUUCAGUAUGGACUUUGGACACUGUCCAGAAAUCACAGUGUAUACUGGCUGCUGUUUUUUCCCUCCUGCUGAGCAGCUGGCCACUCUCUGGGCUGAGAACAAAAAGGCUCUCCUCAGCAUGUUGGUGGAGGUCCACAAAGGGGUGCGUGGUGUAGUGAGGGACAAGAGUGGAAAGCCUAUUGUUGGGGCAAUCAUUGUAUUGAAUGGGGGAGUGAGAGUCUUUACUACAGAGGGGGGCUACUUCCAUGCACUGCUGGCUCCUGGCAACCACAACAUUGAAGCUGUCGCUGAUGGCUACCAACAACAACGUCAAGAGGUGGUGGUAUCUUCCUAUGAAGCUGCUAACUCCAUCAUCAUUGUGUUUGACAUGGACAACAGUAUCUUUGGCUUGCCCAGAGAGUUUGUGGUGGCCAGUGCAGCGGCCUCCAUGACCGCAUUAGUGGUGACGGCGUGCAUCAUCUGGUGUGUGUGCGCGGCCAAGUCUAAUCGUCAGAAAGAUGGCUUCCACCGUUUGCGGCAACACCGUGAUGAUUAUGAGGAUGAGAUCCGGCUCACCUCUAUGGGCUCCAAGAAAUCGCUGCUUGCCCACGAGUUUCAGGACGAGAGUGAAAGUGAUGAGGAGACACUGUAUGCCAACAAAAUCUGAGAAGUGUUGCACUAAUUCAGCUGUUGGCUCAUUGUUUUGUUUUGAUCUCCCCCUUUAAUUUAAUACCUGGCCAACAGGGAACACCAGGCUCUCUCCUUAUGACUGAAAUAUAAGAGUGAUAAAGACACUUGGUUCUGUUUCACCAACAAGUCCUGAGGGCUCACUCCCAGUCACUCAGUUAUCAGUGGUAGUAAAUGAAUACGUAAAGAGCAUCCUCCUUUUUAUUAUUUGCUCCAUGUCUACCUGACUGGCUCAGGAGGAAAAAGACGAGGAAAAAAAAAGAGCAAGUGAGGAAUAAAAGUUUGCUCCACUGUGGGACUCAUCCGUCCAGGUUUCGAGUGCCACAGCUUUUUCCAUUUCCGAGCCAUGCAAGAGUGCUAUUUUAGACCACUACCUGUCCUGCCUGGCUGAGGGGGUUCCAGCCGAUAAGUCCAAAUAAACUCUUAUUUAGUGGAUGUGUAAUGAACUGUGGAUUGAAGUGCUCAUUCUCACACAGUCUCCCCACUGAUGUCAUGCGUUUCUUUCAACACUGAUUUGAGUUAGGGAAUUAGAAAUUAUACAUUUCUUUUGUUUAAGACAGCAUUGCCACAUUCAAGUGUCCAAGCCUUUGACUCAAUUCAAUACUGUGCCUUGGCUUCUGAAAAGAUUACAGUCUGCUCAGGCUGUAGCAUGUGACAAAAAGCAACAUAGUGAAUAGAUCACACAUGGUCCAUGUUGGAAUUUAAUCCAUCCUUUACUCAGGUGGUAGAAAAAGAGGGUGAUUAUGAUGAAUGGGCUGCUGAGUUCCAGUGUUGCACUGUUUCUGCACAGGUGACUCUGGGUUGGCCGACCUGGGUUCAGCAGUUUUCUAUUUUUCUGUGAGUAAAUCAUGAGAGGAAAAAGCUUCUCAAAAGCUUUGAAGCAUCAGGGAGACUCUGUUACCAAUGAAAUGCUUGAAUGAAAACAUUUCCAGUUAAGUGGAGUGUGCUCUAAUGUGUACAUGGAGGUCACUGGAAGGCAAGGAUUAUCCCAUAUCAUUGGCCAGGAAAAAAGUAGGAAUCUAAAGAUGUAUUCAUAGAAAGAAAGAAUGUAUUUGUUUUUCCCUUUUUUGUUUUUAAAUAUAGCUUUGUUGUGGGGCGAUUUCAAACUGCCUGUACAUGGAGAGUUAUUGACUUUCAUGCAUGUCACAUUGAGUCUCUGCCCUGUUUUUUUGUGCAUUAUCACCAUGUCUAUAAUUUCUCACAUGGUAUAUCUGUUUUCAGUUUUAGAUGUUUGUGUUUAGUCUCUCACCGCACAAUACUUUGGAGUGCAAAAGUCAUACCAGGUUUGUCCGUCCAUUAAUGAUCACUGUCUAUGAGUCAAUGCCACAGCCACCCCUUGAUUUAAGGGUCCAGUGCAAAUAAAUUUAUAUUUCCCUAGCAGGAAUUAACCAUUUCUCAUUAGUCAUUGCAUGACAGAAUCUGAGUAGAGUAUGUUGGUGUGCAGAAAUGCAAGUAAAGUGGAGAGUUAUUGGAAGAAGCAAAAAGCGAGAUGCGUUGUUAAUCCUGUGCUUAAAUGUCCAACAUGGUGUAGAAUUUAACUUUAGGCAUCUUCCAGUAAAUCAAAUGAACUGCCAAGAACCAAAAUCUGGCUUUUCUUAAUAUCAUAAAUCCAUGUGUAACUACUCCUAACUUAAUUAAAAAUUCAUGCACUGGAUCAUUAAAAUCAUGUCUUAAAUCGGGAAUGCUAUGCAUGUUUUUCAUCACACACACAUAUACACACUUGUUCACUAAAGAGUUUGCCUUGAUUUCCAGGUACUUUGCAGCUGACAUCAGUAAAUGUAAAAACCUGAGAGACAGUUUUGUAUAUUACUUUUCUUUCUUAUACCGUAUCUGUGAAUGCGUGUGUAUGAAUUGAGCGAGAGUUGAGCGUGUGUCAGGGUCAUGCUGUGUCGGUGAGAAGAUUUUAUAUAAACUGGGAUCGGUUGUAAAUAAUGUUUACCAAUUGUAAAUGGGGAAAAUAAUAAAAAAAGUGCAAUUCAUGUUAACCAUGAAUACACACAAAAACUCAAAACGAUGAAAUAAAACAUCUCACAACUUC